AACAAGACCAAGGAAGAAAAUACGAGAAGAAAAGCGAACGAAACGAGGAGACGCGAGAAACUACUACGCGAGGGAGUUGAGCGGCGCGCGGUCAGUGUGACAGAGAGCAUCGUCGAGAGAGCAUGGCGCGGUUCGUCUCCCUUCCUCUCGCAUGCGCACUUUGGGCGAUCGCUGCCAGGAGCUGCAUCGCCGUGACGUGCAACUGCAACAGCGUCGUCUGUGCCCCUAUCGUGCCCAGUGAUUGCCCCGUUGGAACCGCGAAGGACAUGUGCAAGUGUUGCUCGGUGUGUGCGGGGGACCUGGGGGAGGACUGCGGAGGCCCGUGGGGAAUCUACGGUGACUGCGGUGCCGGCCUCGAGUGCCACCAGGAGACGUGCCCGGAGGAUAAGGAGGACGCUGAGUGCUUUCUGUAUUAUCUCACCGAACCGGGCAAGUGUCAAGAGAAGCGCCGCCGUUCCCUCCUCGAUUUACUAGGAGGCGAUGGAAGCAAGGGGCUGCAGGAAAUCCGGGAGCGUCGGCGUCUGCGCCUCCUUCACGAGCUGGAGAAUCUCAGGAGGAAAUGAGGACA